AUGGUCGAUAGUGGUGUCCCCCAGGGUUCAGUUCUGGGACCCAUUUUGUUCCUUGUCUACGUGGACGAUGCCGCAAGAGAUUUAGACUGUGAAGUAGCAAUGUUUGCGGAUGACAUGAAGAUAUGGAGUGUACUUCGGGGUCCUGCCGAUAAAGACAGACUGGAGAUGAACCUGAAUCGGUUGGAGGAGUGGUCAAACCGUUGGCUCCUGCGGUUCAACGUUGCCAAAUGUAGCAUACUUCGCCUAGGCAACACAGCCAGAUCCGCCAGCACAAGAGGCUACUUUCUGGGCGGUGCAGCCCUACAAGAGGUCGAAGCCCAAAAGGACCUCGGUGUGCUUACGACGAGUUCCCUAAAACCAUCCGCCCACUGUUCGAGGGUGGCAAAAACCGCAAUGUCCGUACUGUACGCCAACAAGCGUGCGUUUAUGAACUUUGACGAAGAAGCUUUCUCUAGGACAUUCGGAACAUUCGUCCGGCCACAUUUAGAGUACGGCAUACAAGCUUGGAGGCCGUGGGCUGUUGUGGAUCAAAGCUCCUUUCCUUAUGCGACCCGCCUAGUAAAUCUGAACCUCUUUCCUUUGAGUUACAGGCAACUUUGCGGAGAUCUCUUGCAAGCCUUCCGCAUUGUAAAGGGGUUGGAUUGCAGUCUGGCCUUCGAGGACUUUUUUGAAUUUGCUACCACGACCAACCUCCGAAGUCACCCGUUAAAACUGCGCACUCAGCAGGCACGGCUGGAUGUGCGGAAGUUCUCCUUCUCGGUUCGGGUGGUCAAACCAUGGAAUGAGCUUCCAGCAGAUGUUGUGAUGUCACCAUCUAAACAAAGUUUUAAGAAGAAUCUGGACAUAUUUAUGUUCCGAAAUGACCAAGAGCGAUGAGAAGUCGAGCUCACCCCCUGUAACUGCUUCUCAUUUUGUCCCACCAUUAUGGGCGUGUUCGAACUAUUUCAGCCCAGAACAUCUAUCUGUACACCACACAUCUUUUACGUUGCAAAUGGUAUUCAAAGGCUUACGCCUAUUUCCCUCAAUAAACUGAACUGAACUAAACUGAACUGCUGUCGAAUACGUCAAAGUUGGCUUCUUUCAAUUUUCCACUACGACUUCGAAAAGAUUAUGAAAGUGGAGUAGCCAAUCGAAAUAACGUGCACUACAAACACUAUAAACCAGAAAGUAGCCAAUAGGCAUAAGAGUUCGAAGUCUCAGGUGGCGUAUGUUAGCCAAUGAAAAGUCGGACUUGCUUGGGCCUCAACGCAUUUAGCGAGAAUUUGAAAUCUGCGUUCGUUCCUGCAGUCGUUUUUCGUUUUCUCUGAUGACUAGUGAGGUGGAUUCGAAUCCCUUUCGCCCUGAUGGUGAGCUCUCAAGGGAGGCGGAACUACUUUUAAAGCACUCGACUAUCCAAAGAGACAAGGUGCUUAAGCCUUUUAACUUUUAUCAUUUACUGCGCCUUCACGAAGGCUUUCUAAAGCCCAACACUUGUUGCUUAAAUAUUUGGUAGUUCCCGCAGGCUUUAUCCCUCUGACUCAGGCCACAGAAUCAAACGGCCUUUUGAUUCGUAUUUACGCUUGGCCUUAUGCCGGUGCUGGUCACCUAAACCUGCUUCAUGAAGCAGGCUUUAUAAAGCGUUUGCGCUUUGUGCUAUACUUGGUUAGUAAGCAAGUGUCUGCCAGCGUCUCAGGCAACGGUUUACAAAUUAUAGAUGUAUUUAUUGUCAGAUUUUUAGUAACUUGCCUUUUUUACCAUCAUUUUGCUCCUCGUAGUAUUUCAGUGUCUCAAUUUUGCCAGGUUCAAUCGUUUCUUUCUUACUCCUCGUACACGUGUACGUGGCAAGAUUCGAUCUCAUUAGCAGGCCACCAUCCAAAUUUUGAAAAUUGUGUUCCUCCUGUCUCAGCUCACCAGCAUGAUCUCAAUUUGCAUUUCGCUGUUGCCUAGGGGCUUAAGUCUAAACCCCUUAAACCCUUUGUGUUUACUUUCGUGAUGCAUUGGCUCUUCUUUUCGACAGAAUCUCCUUUAUGGCUCUCCUCUCUGACGGGGUUUUGAUUUCUAGUCAGCAGCUGUCGAUUGUUGUGUAUUGUAAUUCUGCCAUCUGGGUCCUGCAAUUUCUGACCGUUUGGUAUCCGCGAUCUUUUGCACUGUUUGUGAGGUCAGCAUUGAUGCCUAGACAACGUGGUGGGGAUGUCGGUUUGUCGUACAUCUUAGAACCUAUUUGAAAAACAAAGCAUAGGUUACGAGAACUAGUAUUCGACUUGUUCUAUAAGGUAACUUCUCGACACCAAGACUGCUUCAGGGAAUUUCUUUGGGCGCACAUGGCUGUGAUAAACCCUCACAGCAGACGCCGCACCCUCAAACAUUUUUAACCGGAAACGAACGAUUGCAUUAUGUUUGUGAUUAGCAUUCAGAACACUCAGAGGGCCGAAGGAGGACUAAGUACACAGUCUACUAGGCUUAUCAAAGUGUGAAGAGGUAUGCUGAUCCUAACGCGCAGGCGGUGGUUGCUUAUCCUGUCGCUUAGACGAUGUACGCCGACCCUCAUUAGUCAUAUACGUAGGGUAGCUCUUCACAAAAAUACCCAGAUAUCUUUUUCACAGAAGAGUGCGUUAAUUUCGAUAACACUGGUAAAUGCGGGACAGACAAACAGUCAAGGGUUGUACUAGGUUACCUAGACGGAGCUCGAAAGCAUACCUAAACAGCAAUAAAGCGAGAAACACAAUUACGAGGCGGUCGUCAUUUUACUUUGGAACACACAUUAAGACUGAUAAGAGUUAAGACAGUUAAGAGACAAAACGACCGAUUUGUUCUUAUUUGCUGACUACACCGUUUAACUACACACGCGCUUGAGCUAGAGAUGUGUGUGCUGACGUCCGUUCUUAAUUUGGCCAUUAGGUGCGUUGGAACCGACAGAGCUGGUUAGGCUGCUAUACACAUUGUCGAGGCGAACUUUAAAUAAGUGGCAUAAACAGAUUUCGAUUGCCUCCUCAGGUAGCCUACAUGAGGAGUUAAUUCGCUGCGUGGACGUUGUAUGCCCGGCCUGUACGUUUAUACUUGACUCCUACAACACGGUGAAUGCACGCGGCAUCAUGUGAGUUCGUUCAAGGAAAAAGUCAGCCUAAUGCAUUCUGUUGAAUGUCUUCUGUAUGUCGAUGAAGUCUGAGUACAGCUGUCUGCUCGAAAGUGGGAAAGUUUUGCCUUUCCAUGUGUUUUGAGAGUGCCAGAUUUUUAUUUGAACCGGCGAUUCUUGUUUGACACUGCGCUCUUCGCAAUUGACCAUUUUGUCGGACGAUGUAUUCUGACCACACCUUUAGACAGUAUUCCAGGCGUGGCUAGACGGCAGUUGUACACAAAAUACGGAAAUCGUUUCCGCCUGGACUUUGGAAUCACCUCCAAACAAUUAAUGGUGUCUUUUAGGCAUUUCGAACGGCUCUUUACAUCUGUUUCAAUGGUAUCAGAUUAGUGAUGUUUAGCAUUCCUAAAUCAACGCCUGAUCUAGUUGAAAACCACUACCACCGCUGAAGAAUGCGAAUUUUCGCACUGUUUCUUGGAGAUCGCGGUAGCCUGGCCAAAUCUUUGAAAUCGUUUCGGAAAAUAAAGUUGUCUGGAAGUGCCUGGGAUGCCGCCAUCACUAAAAGGUUGUAAAUAGGUUCGUUUGAUUGUUGAAUUUGAAGGUAGUGACAUAGACUACAAAUGAGGACUUCGACAAGUAAAUCCUUAGAAAGGCGCAGAAUUCAAACAUAGUCUUGAGCGGUGAAUCUCAGCUCCUUCGCCGUCGCUGGAGUUAACGCUGGAAUUAUUCUGUCCUGUUACACCAUUGGUGAGAGCGUAGGCUUGCUUGUAUUUGCAUAUUCACGAGUUCCGAGUAUUAAAUGACAAUGGCUUAGUCGUCGGAGCGUUCAGGUAAUUUAUCUGGCACUUCGAAUUCAUUCCAAAUACAAAUGGUGCUGAAGUCAUCGCAUGUGGUGACAACAGCGAAAUCUGUCGAUGCUCAAGUUCCCUUUCUCCUGCCCAGAAUAUAUGAGUGAGUGUGAUGAUGUGGCCUGCUAAUUGCGUCUGCAUUGAACGACCGUGAUAAAGUUCCGAGCCUUGUUGUAUGGUGCAAAUGAGCACGGUUUCUGAGAUUUAAUGCGUCAGAUGGCGCACGCGAUACCUGCCGACCAUCAGGUAUGCGGGCGUGCAGCAAUCUUACCUUUUCACUACCACAUUUCAAGUCGUAGAAUUCAUGACCUCGAUGUUCGGACAAGAAGCAAUUGCCCUGGGCAUGCGUUUAUGUCCGAGAAAAGCGUCUCUGCACGAGAAUGGGGAGAAGUCGUUUGCCCUUCUGACUCUCAUCUGUUUUUUCUUUGAGUUUCCACAUAAUUUACUACUAGUCAUGCCGCUGCGUCCAAGCUGCUUCGCAAGACGUCUCUACCGAGCUCUUUCUUACUAGGUGAUCAUAAACGACCCAGCCAUACGUCCGGUCAAUGGUUUAGCACUCUCUCCCGACGGUUCUGUCUCCCCAGCGGGUGACGUCUGUGGGACCGCUGAAAAUCACCUUUCUCCUACCAAGGCCAGCGGGGUAUGCGCAUCUGACAACAACAGCUCUCAGAUACGCACUGGCGAAGUUAAGUCUGGUCAAGUCCCCGCUGAUGUAGGCGAUGCCGGUGAGCCCCUGCAUCAAGUGGAGCAUGUAAAAAUCAAGUCCGGUCGUGCCAACUGCUGCUCUCUUCUCUAGUAAGUUCUUAUCAGGCACGGUUUUCAGCAUAAGCCCAGGACUAACAGAGACUUUGCAUUGUUACCUGAUCGUAUUUUGUUCUUCCUGGCGGAGAAGCAGUUGUUGUUCUCCUGCGCCGCCUUUGCCUACCUCUCAGCGUGCUUCCCCCGCCGGGAGCGCUGUGUUAAAUUAUGCAAACGCAUACUGCAGUCACUGCGUGGAGCGUGUUCCAGGAAUCUGCUGUUGUUUUGGCAAGUGGACCAACAGCAGCGACAGAUGCCUUCAUUAACUUUCCACUGCCUAUCUUCGUCUACGUUAUCUGCCUUUGAGAUUGCAAUCCGUAGUGCCUUCUGCCCCAGUUUCUGUCUGACCCAGUGUGUUCGCCAUUAACUCGGCAUGCCAAGGAGUGAGGUAAAUCGGCCGCAGCACCGUGUCAAGAAGCGGAAUCAUGUCUCCUUCAUCUUUAUCAUAACCUGACAUAGUUGUCAUGCAUCUGAUCUUUAUGUCUGAAGUCCUAAAAUUUCAAAGUCGAGCUAGUGUGUCGUAUUCUACGUAGGCGAUGAAAAGGUAACUCAGUUUAUGCCAACGGCCGCGGAAUCCAGGACCCUAACACUAUUGGAAAACACUUAAGUUGAGCAUCUUCACUAGUUCUCACAAGUUAUCGCCUUAUUCCACCGAUGAGUACUGAGAUUUUGAAAUUUUUCAUCUUUGCUUAUCAUCUUUGAGUUUGAUCGACUCUUUUUCAUAGAUAGAAACUGCGUCAUAAGUACUACUUACUAGCCGACUGGACUCUCCCUCCAUGCGUAUUGCAUAAACAGCCUUAUAUGCUUCUGACUAACCAACCAGUCAUCCUGAUUGACCUUAGUGAUGUAGACUACGAUUGUUGUCGGACCAUAAUGCGGUUUUUUACAUUAGUAGGUGUUCUGGCAGAUUUUGAAUGAUGCAUUUCGACCCCGCUGUGAAAAACUCGGCGCCUCAGUGGGAUUCGAACUCACGACAGCAAGGGGUAAGGCUUUAGUCCAGCCAACACUCUAGCCACCUGAGCUACGAGGCCCCACCGGGAGUCGCAGAUUUAAUCGCAUUUGCGUUAAUUUACCUGCCAAACCUACUGCGUGCAAUCCACAAAUGACUUCCAAGCUCACAUUAUUAAUAGGUCUUGGGCGGGUAACUUGACCAAAGUGUGAUUUAACUCACGCCUCACGGUGGGGCCUCAGUUCAGGGGGCUAGGACAUUGGCGGUACUAAAGCCUUCCGCUUGCUGUCGUUGUUUCGAAUGCCACCGAGGCGCCGAGUCUUUCACGGUUGAGUCGAAGUGGUUUCUUACUUUGACUUUUGCGAACUCCAACCGGUCCUUGCUGGAAGCGAAGCCCAAGUGGACAGCAAAUAGAGGAAUACAAGCAAAUAAACGGUCUGGCCUAAUCCAGCCGUAGGCAUAUUAAUCUCUCCGAUGGGAAGAGGAGGGAAAUCUAGAAAGUCCCUCUUACCUGUUGGUCACGCAUCCUGUAUCAGUGUUGCUUCUGCGAUCGCAGUUAUUGCAUAGCCAUCCCAAUUCGUUCGUCCUGUCCAUGUCUUCUCAGUUCAGUGCCUUUCCGUCACAAAAACUGCAAGCACCAAAAUAUAGUAGGAUAAAGAGCUACUAUUAACUUGUCUCGAUCAACUGAAGUGUCGUUCUCAGAUAUUUCACUCCCAGAGGAUGGUAACGUUUAGUAGCUGUACAUGAAUUUGUUUCCCCACAAUUGUGUUUGCUCUCCUUCUGCAACGUUCCGCUGUGAUUUCAAUUCCUCUGACACAUUUCCAGAACUGUAGCACAACCAAAAAAUACUGGCCAAGCCACAGAUAGUAUUUGUGUGUAAUGCCCUUCUGUGAAUAUUCAUGUGCGAGAAAUUUACUGCUUUAGUUCGCUUGAAUCGAUUUUGACGUAGCAUAAGUCGGAAACGGUCGAGUCACCGAAGAAUAUUGAAUACACUAUACCUUGUGAACUUAGAACGAGUAAAAUAAGGAUUGUGCUUGACCCGACGGGGCUGGUCUGCUCUGCACAACUCCUUGACACUCGUUCAAAGUUUCAUGCUACUAUCUGAUCGACUAGUGACCCACUUAUCAUGGAUUCAUCAUAUCUGUAGUAUGUGACCUAUCCACUCGUCCUCUAGCAAAUCUAAAUUUCUUGAAAUCACCUUACCAGUGGACCAAAAUCGGAAGAAAGGCUGAGACAGAUGCUACGAAAGCUAUCACCAUAACUUGGCACGCAGGUGGCCGCUGCACCAUCGUAGCACUGGCGGUCCUCGCCGCUUGCAACUGGGGACCAAUUACAUGAGCAAGAAUCUAUAGUGCGAUUCAUACACGUACACAGAUCCUAAACCGUCAUAACCAGAAUGCCACACAAUUUCAGCCUGUGUGACCCUGAUUUCACACGGUAGAAAGGUGGUGCUACCCUGGAAGUGCUUUAUUUCGUGUCAUUCAUUAUCAAGCGGUUAUCUCGUCAAAUUUAAUUCUGAUUGAAUUUUUGCAUAAUCCUCAGUUUCCUUGAAAUCGCAAUCCACUUUCCUCUCCCUGGGCUGGCUAGUGCACUUCAUUUGCCUUCUGCCGUGCACACGUGCGCAGCCAGCACAGUUUUCUUUUUCGCGCGCCGUUUUCGCCUCUCCUUCGCCGGUCAGCGCGAUCGUGCGGUUGGCAUCGGCGGCUGCGCCCCCCCGUCGUAAGCGUUUGUCCUUUUCCUCUUCCAGGAAGGGCAUAUUGCAGGUUUUCCACUUCCCUGGGAGUGAUUCUGUCAAAGUGCUCAGUUGACAAACGGCAGUACAUUUGCGGCGGCGGCGGCGUCGGCGGUGUGCGGAAAUCUCUCACUGAGCACAGAUGCCAGCACUGUGUCUCUUUAAGAUCCGCCUGUAGAUUUCUUGUUUUAGCCUUAGUGUUUGCGGUAAAGUUCCUGUAUAACCGUAACAAUCUAUUCUUGGUGGAGAAGCCAUGGGGACUGAAGAUUGGACUUUUCGUUUCCAAAAGGUCUCUUUAUAGGAUGAGUGGCUGGCGGAAAACCGGGCCGAUUGCCCACAGCUUUAGCAAGCCGUCGCUGACUUGCUCUCAGUCUCUACUUCGACCUUUAGUACUGUGACUUGCUGAAGCAAUAGCAUAUGCUCUUUUUACUAAUUGUCGCGAAUCGUUGCCGAAUCGUUCACCCCCCCCCCGCUGCUUAUUUUAUGACCGUGGCUUUUACGAGCUACUUUUUAUGCACACAUGUCACUCAGCUCGCCCGAAACAAAAAACGGCAAGGGGCGGUUACGCUGCCCUGGUCCCAAAUGUAACCGCAAUGUGAGCACUGAAAGUAAAGUAAACCGAAGGGGGAUGCUGAAAUCGUUAAUGGGGAAAGUAGCCGGGGUUGGUUACGGAAAAGGCAACCUGAUGUAUGGCAAAUCUUCCGCGAGAUUGAAGAAAGUCUAGAAUCCCCGCCAAAGACCUGGCUGACGGGAAACGCGGGGCAGAAAUACCCCAAACCUAACGGUAAACCUAAGCGUAACCGCAGAAGUAAGCCUAAUCUCUAACGUAAUCAUAGGCCUAACGCUAACCCUAAACUUGGCACCAAACUUAACCCUAAGCCUACCACAAACCGUAACCCUGACUCCAAGCCCAACCCUAACCGUAACCCUGCUCUACCCCAACUCCAACCUUAGCACCAAGCGUAAACCUAAACCGCAAUCCAAAGCCUGACCCUAACCGAAACCCCUAAACUUAACACAAACUCUAACCUUAAAGUCCAUUCUCGGCCGGACACUAACCCGAACCCUAAAACUAACUCUAUCUCUAAGCCGAAACAUCAGGUUGUCCUUUUCCGUUUUAGCUUUGACUAACGAUUCCAGCAUCCUCCCUCGACCUAAUCCACUUGCAAUGCCCACAUUGCGCUUACCUUUGGGACCAGGACAGCGUAACUGACCCCUACCCAAAAAACCAAUGUCACGCAUGCGCCUAUGCGAACUUUGAGCACUCGGUGCCAAUCCGCAGGCUAGCCUCGUAUAUUUUAUCCGUCAAAAAAUAAAUUAGAGGAAAAAAGGGGGUGAACUGUGUACCUAUGGUGGGUACUUGGGGCAAAAGCUUACACGUCUCAUGUCGCCAAAAUAUGCCUCUCGUGAAAGCCCGGUGUCUGAUGAGGUCUAGCGCAGACAUUAGUUGACCGGUCUUUUUGACAUAACUGUAAGAAAGCGUCUUCGGGGCUGCCAGGGUUGACGCGACCUUUGCUGCGAAAUUUCGGAAAUUAUCACAUCGUCAACACCAUCACCUUUAUUAUCCUAUUUCCGGAGUCUUUUUGCACUUUUCACAAUUUACUUGAUAAUGUCUCCUUGAAAUCAAAGCAAAAUGUUGAUUCCGAGCUCUAACUUGUUGGGAAACUGAGUCUCAGAAAUACGAAUUCCUCUUCCUUGUCAGGCGAGAAUAGCUUUGAAGAAAGUUUGUUUUCUCAGGUUAUUUGUGCCCCUCGAACUCGGCACCCUCGUUUUAUCCGCAUAUAAUGCCACUUAAAAGCGACCAAUGUCCAUUGCACGCAACUUUUGGAGUAUUUUUCGCUGUUGGCAGUAUUAGUUAUCAGAGCCAAAUUCUCUGGCGUGUUGUUUGCAACUUGCCACAAGACGCUCCACCGUUUAGAGUUGUUUGUGUGUUUGAGCAUUGCCAGAACAGAGACGUCUAGGGAAAGAGUUGUGCUGGGCUUUGAAGCCCUUCUCCCAGCUUACCACGAGAUCCCACAAUGGCCUGUGUUCUUAUAGCAUGCAGGUAAAAAGAAUUUGUGAAAACCGGCCUAGAAAUUAAGGUCAUGAUUUCACUUGACCUACCAGGCGGCGCACGCUGGCGCACUGACCUUUCGAAGAAAGCAAGCUUCACCUGCGUUCCAGAAGUCACAAGCAGGCAACUACCUACCAGAUCAAACUCAACUAACAGAAGACGCGUUGGCAGAGGCGCGGCUAGGCCUUUUCCACCAUCAUAACAUCGAACGGCAUCUGGGACUAAAAGGCGCAAAUGGUCAAUAGAGCGCAUAAGCGCCUAACCGCGUACUGAGGCCCAUCAAUGCACCGCCAGCCUUCACUUGGAGCUUGUUUGCUUCUCGAAGCCAAAGGAUCGGCGUGUGCCUAUUCCUGCAUGGAUUAAUACUACAGUGGGUGUGCUAACUCAUGAAAUGUCGACCGAAAUCCUCAAAUGCUUUCACGUUUUAAAAAGAUUACUUAAGUAGGGUUGUAAAAUCAAUCAUCAUGCAGCAUAAUUCUAUAAUAAUCCAGUUACCUCCGGUAGCCGGCUCUCGAACGAACUUCUUUCCGGUUGCAUACGUGAACUGUACUCUGUAAAAACCGACUACUAAAGUAGCAUGAAUUUUUUAUCGUUGAUUUUCGAUACCCUUUAAUAUUCGAUUAUACUACAUGGAAAGCAUGCAUAGAAAUAUUCGUUUUUUACUCACUUAGAAGAAAAUCACAUCUUCAAAUUGUUUACUCGGAGAAUAGUAAAAUUUGGUUUUCAAAGGCAUUUCCGAUCCCCGAAUAAUUUUGAACAUGACCUGCCGUUACACUUGCAUUCAGGUUUCCCAAACUACAAGCCGUAUAUUUUCCGUGUAAGGAACAUCAUACAUUUAUCUUCGGUAUUAAGAGGAGGCCGUAUGGGGUUCGUAAAAUUUAGCAGCGGAUUUGAGCCAUUUUGUAGACUUUACAAGCCACAUUGAUAAAUGCAGAGACAUGACGUUUCACGGUAUUAAAAAAAUCUCACAAUUAUAAACUUUUUAAAAAAUCGAAGUAUACUCUUCCUUCGAGCAUACGAUUGGAAGAGGACAUAAAGGAGUGAAUAUUUUCAUUCAUGUUUUCCAAGAAAUGUAAUUGAAUUUCUAAGGGCGUGAAAAAUAAAUGAGAAAAACUCAUGCUUCUUAAGUAGUCAUUUUUGUAGGGUGGAAUUUUUGUAUGCAGCCGGAAAGAAGUUCGUUCGAAAGCCGGCUUCCAGAGGUAACUGAAUUAUUAUAGAAUUAUACUGCACGAUGGUAAAUUUUACAAUCCUACUUAAGUAGUCUCGUCGAGUCGAAAACGCAUUUCAGAAUUUCGGUCAACAUUUCAUGAGUUAGCACGGCAGAGGAUGCUAGGUGGUGAGACACUGAUGGUUGUAGUACUUGUAAUUUACCAGAUAGACCCCAUCUGUGAACCAUCUGCACUGUGUAUGCGGACAUGUUUCCGUUCCUGGCCCCAAAUGGUGUUAACUGGUUAACUGAAUGAAGGCAGGAUUAGUCCGAAACAGUGCCGCAUAAAUCUACCCCUAAGCUCUGUCGUCAUCCCCUACGCUGUCAUAAGUUACUGAGUCCAGCUGGGCAGGUGGCGGUCUGCUCGUGACCCCAGCCACACACAGCCUGAGAGGUUAUUGUCCUUCUGGAAGCUUGUUCCUACACCAAUAGAUAUCCGAUCUGCAACCACAGAGAAGGGUAGGUGUCGCGGUUCAACCGUUUUCAACAUUGCUGCCAAGGUCUUUGUCGUAGUUCGGGCCGCUCGAUUAUUUGUCUGAUGAAGAUAAAACCCUGUCUAGUCUUGCGCGCCGAGGUUUUCGUGAGCACAUCGACGUCUAUAGCCGAUAACCAUCCCUUUCCUUGACCUCACCUCCACCAAUGGCGUCUGUGUCUGAUACUAGAGUUGGACGGCACAUCAGUGGAACACAUUGUCACGGCAAAAGUGCUGUCGAUUUCCCUGGCCCUUGUUCUUGUCUGCAACAUCUUUUCUUAUCGCGAAGAAGACACGACCGCCGGACCAAGAGCCUCGUUAGCUUGACGUUUCGGAUCCUCACUCGAAUCCAUUGUCAGAGACGGAGUCGGAUAAACGUAGUAAACUGCCCAGGUGUUGCAGUAUUUAUAGGCUGUAGUUGCUAGGCUGCUACAUGCCUAUCACAGUUGGCAGCUCCCGAGUGCAUCAUGGCUCGACUGGCCAAGUGUUAAAGUAUGAAGUGUCUAUGCGCUUGUGUGCCGGUCAAGAUUAUCGGCUCCCACGCUCAUGGCACUCAGUCGAGUUUCUGACUACCCUCUGAUGAUGGACUCGAGCGAGAAUCCGAAACGUCAGGCUAGUAAAGCUCACGUUCCAGCGGUCGUCUCUACUUCCUGAAACUCGCCUUUGUAUUAGCAAAUCCUUUUUGAUGCCGUAUUUGAUCGGUUGUCUCACAAAAACGCGUUCUCGCACACCCUAUCUAACUACUCUAUCCACUGAAUUAUCCUCAGCGCCCUGGGCGUUUCCCCAGGGUGUCUUACUCUUGCCGGACUUCCGCCUGACUGACACUGACUAAGCUCCGCAGGUGUCAGGCUAAGAAGGCCUAUAGAGCAUGAUACUGUGAGUGACCGAUCUCAUGAAAUGUUGGCUGAAAUCCUGAUAUGUGUUUUCGAUUAGGAAGGAUUACUUGGGAGCGGUUGUAAUACUAAUUAUCUUGCAGCCUAAUCCUAUAAUAUUUCGGACUUGGCAGUAUGUCAGCUUCUGGAUGCACUACUUUUCAAUCGGUAAAAACCGUACGCGCUAAAAAACGACUACUUAAGUACCAUGCAUUUUUCCCAUAGAUUUCCGACGGUCAUACAAAUUCAAAUAUAUUUUAUAGAAACCACGAGCAAAAAUAGGCUUUCUUUCAGCCGUUUGAUAGAGAGUCACGUCAUGCUUAUAUUUUAUACUCGAAGAAGGAGCAUAAUUAGGUUUUAAAAAAAGUUCCUAAUUACGAGAUUUUUUAAGACGGCGCAACGUCACUUCACAUAGUGUCGUACCUGUCCGUUUACCACAGCUCCUCAUGAAAUGUACAACAUAGCCCGCAUCCAUUGCAAAAUUUUAUGAACUCUGUAUGAUAUCUUUUUAAAGGCAUAGAAAGUUAUCUGAUUUUCUUUAGCCUGAAAUCACUAAGCGCUAAUGCAAUAAAUGACCGGACUACAAAUUAUUCCGGUAAUUAGAAAACAUUUUAUAGCCUAAUUAUACUCCUUCUUCGAGUAUAAUAUAUAAAGAUGACAGGAUUCUAUAUCAAGAGACUGAAAGAAAGCAUUUCUUUGCUCGUGGUUUCUAUAAAAUAUAUUUGAAUUUGUAUGACCGUCAAAAAUCAACGGAAAAAAUGCAUGCCGCUCAAGUAGUCAUUUUUUACCGAGCACGGUUUCUACAGGAGAUUGAGAAGCAGCGCAUUUAAAAGCUGACAUACUGCCAAGUCCAAAAUAUUAUAGGAUUAUGCCGCAAGGUAAUUAGUAUUACAACCGAGCCCAAGUAAUCCUUCCUAAUUGAAAACGCAUUUCAGAAUUUCAGCCAACAUUUCCCGAGAUCGGUCUCUUUCUGUAUACACCGACCAAUUCGACAAUUAACUUGGACCUGAUGAUUGUCUGACCAAAGCUCCGUUCUUGUGCAUGGUCCCUAGACCAUUGUCAUUUGAGAACUCACUUUUGCGGAGAAGUAUGCUGCCGUCGUCGCAAGUGAGGCAGUCUAUGUUGAUUCGGAAUGCAACGUGCGAUUAUUUCAGUCAUUGAAGAAGGACCGCUGGAGUGGUUUUUAGGCACAGCUUCCGCCGCGUAACUUAUGGACUCAGUGUAGCUGCCUCAAACCCACUCUUACCCCUCCACUAAAAGCAACACCAGACAAUGAGCUGUCUCUGAGCCUUCCAUCAAUUUCUCGAGGUUGUCUUCUUAUCCCUAGUAUUCUGGCAUAUCACGGACACAUUGCGGGCUGGUUUUCACUAAUCAAAGUCGAUGCCAUGCCAUAUGUCCAAAGUCCUUGGAUUUUCAAACUGAUGCCGUCUUCUGUUUGGGUAACGUUGUUUCGCGAGCUACUCGACACCAGUACAGUGGUUGGAUUCCGUACGAUAUUCAUCCUUGAUAUCCGGUAAAUCUGAAGGCAUAAAUCAAAUUAAAUUGGUCCGACAACAAGACCUUUAUCUCACCCGACCAUAUGACCAGCUCGAGGCAAGACAGAAUUCCACGGACGCCUUCGGUCUAUAGUAAGGUUGGUCGAUUUCUCAAAAACAAGCCAGUCGAUUCACUACUGCCGCGGAAUAGGCGCUACCCGGGGGCGGUACGCCGGACGACAUUCGCCUUGUAGUUGCAUCUUGUACUGACGGGCCUUGAUAGAGAAAGUCGCAUACCUCCAGACAGCGCUGCCUUUUAUGUGUCAGUAGUCGUCUUCCAGAUGGCAUGUCAUUGUCCGCUUUACGGUCAGAAGCUUAUUUGCAUACACAAAGUGUGUGUGUGUGUGUGUGUGUGUGUGUGUUUGGGUACAGGUGUGGCACGACCGUAGUAGUUAUAUCCCCCAUAAAGCGUCCUACACCGAUGCACGUGUGACACCCCCUAAAAGACGCGAUUGUGCGGCGACGCUUCCUGUGUCAACUGCUACUGUCGUCUCUGCACACACACACACGCUUGUCACUUUGUGACUCCCUUGCACCUGGCGUGCUUUACAAUCUGCGCAGCAAUAGCGCACUUUCAAGCCGCUCUCAUUUAAGGCAUCGGGCCACGACGGCCGCGGUUGCAUCUGACGCUGAUUGUGUUCAUCCCCCCUCCCACCCUGAGGCUGUUUGCUAUCUUGAAGCCUUCCGGUCAGAUUUCAUCCACCCCCUCCCCCCACCUGCUUGGCGGAUUACUGUGGACUUGGCUGCCAGCCAGUGUUCAACUUGCCAUGGAACGGAGGACAUGUGUGGAAAAUAAAAAUGUUCCUCACGGGCGCCUGAUCACAACCAACCGGAGACCUCACGGCCGUUUUAUUUACGUGGUAACCGCGCACUCUCAGAGUGUUGUUGUUAUUUGAUCACCCGCCCUCAACACACGCCUACAAUGGGCCGCUAUUCCGCCCGAACCUUUGAUGUAGAUAAAGUACAGAACCCCGAUAAUGCAGUCACGGUCUACGUUAUCCACUAGUGAACUUUGGCCUCACCACAUUGCCUUCGAGUAAUCUGAGUCAAAUUCGCAAACAAACGUCACGGGACACGGUGUUUGUGCCACAGAGCCUCAGAUCUGGUUGUCAAGAUGUUCCGUUGACCUCAAAUCUGCACACGGUCCCCUCCAGUGCUGAUAGUUUCAGCAUCAUAGUCCCCUUGCUUCCAGCGUCUAUCCUACUGGCUGAUGGAUGACUGCCAUAUGUUCCCUGGGUUUGUGUGGAGUGGCGACUGGCAGACCGUGAGGGUCGGGCUGCAAUGCUUUCGCCUUAAUUUGGUCUCUAUGGCAUCCCCACUUCGUGUGGCGUCCAGACCGCCCCCUUCUCCUCUUGUUGUGUAAAAUCGUAGUCAGUGUACGUCGUGAACCGGAGGAUGUGGUGGUUCGCAUAGGUGCGGGUUUACGUCGUGCUGGCCACCUGCGUCCUCCCCCGCCUCUAGUUUUCUUGACUCUGUUUUCACACCCAGUCCAUUUGGGGGAGGAGGAGGAGAGAGUGCGACAGAUGCUGAGCAAGUCACCGUCCCUGUUCUCAUCCUGCUGUAGAGCACAUGGUUUACAUCAUUGGUAACGACGGUCGAACUGUCACAGGUGUCCGUUUUUGUGGACGACUGACAUCUGUACCCUGAUUUCCCUACCACCUCUUCAUAUCCGAGCUUUCAUCUACAUGCUACUUGCACGAGCUCCCUGAUAUCUGAAAGGAUGAUAUCGGAACCCCGAUGAGGGGAGACCACGUUAAAUUUUACCAUGUAAUCGCCUUCGAACGCAAUUCCCCGCUGCCUGGAUUUGCCGUCAUCUGUGUAAAUAGGGGAAGCUAACUCCAUACCUUUCUUCUCAAGUCUACAAAUUGCAGCUGUUUAUUUCUGCCCAGAUUUUUGUACAAUCCUCUUCCUUAGUGCCGACAGGUGUUUGUCGUCUUUUCUGCCUGAUAAUUGGACACCUAAGUUGGGAACUUGGAGAGUGAUACCAGAUGGUUCCCCACAAUAACCACAGCUGGAAGCAGUGUCUUUUUACAGACCGUGAUGGUGCUAACUGCCUCUUCUAACGCCCCACUGGAUUGGAUCAUAAAAUGAUAGCUGGGAGUCUAGAUCAGCAGUUGUCCAUGAGUGGAACUUUUGACCGACGGUUAUUUGGCAUGCGCUUUACUACACGGCUUUUCCUUGCAGAAGUUAGGGGAUGACUUACGCCGGUCAACACCCCCCUUCCUGCUCGCUUCUACCCCUUUAUCUGCCCUUUCCGCCCUUAUUUUAUGUCUGUCCGAUGCUGGGUCGUCGUCCGUGUUGCCCGAUCCAGUGGGCUUCUGUUACUGUGCCAACCUCUUUCAGACGUGAAUUUCAAAUUAUAAACAUCCUCUCUGCAACUGAAGGCCAAGUGCGGGUUUCUUUGUUCUGAGGAUUCUCCCACUCCUCUCGCGUUACCCUUCGAAUGGGUGGGGGAGGAGUGGGCAGUUGCAGAUACCGAACUAAAUAUGCGCCCUGCCUGUGUAGACCAGAGCAACCGAGCCAUCUGGCGAUAAGCGCAACUGGUCUGACGAACGCCAUCUCCACGCUCCUUGAGAGAUGACCGUGAAAAGCAAAUUAUGCAGACCAUUCAGGCGCACCUUGCGACGCAGGUUCUUAAUCUACAAGUAGAUUAAGAGCCAGUAAGCAGUGUAGAAAAGGCGUUACUGGUACGGCGGUAGUUUCACACUACUUCAGUCAUGGGCGUAGGUUUGUGCUGUUUUAAGUCCCACCACUUAAACCACCUAGCUUGACUCAUGGCUGUGCUGGAGACCAUUUUACUUCGCUACUUCAGUUCGUAGCGCUCCUCAGCGGUGACUGAGUACUUGCGCUGGUGCCACAAAGUCCGUACGUAAGCUCAUAUCGUCUUGCCUGGCCAUUCUGUUAACCUGUCAUUCACGCCCCUGGAGUUCCACUCAACCUAUGAACAGUGCUCAGAACUUUAGACUUGGUGGAGGGGGAAACGGGGGAGGGUGCUUGUAGUUGUGGUUGCCCGAGUACUCCCAAUGAUUAUGCAAGGUUCGGCGGUGCUGACGAUGAAUAAUCUGCCUUAACCCAUCAGACCUGUAGGCUGUCAAUCCUACGAGUUUUUUGUGGCUCAUGCGUAACCUUUUGCAGGCUACAUAGUUGCAGAGUUGUCCAGGCCUUGUACCCCUCUGUGGUAUGCCAAAGCCCCGAUGACAGUUCCGCAAAUGCUGUGCGCAUUGCGUUGGGCUGUUGGCGACCAAUCACACGUCAGUCAGUAUAUUUGGAGUCACUGAUAGAAGCCCUUAAAGCUCCGUUUAAACGGUUCAGGUGUGAAUGAAAAUAGUUAAAUUGCAAAAAUUCUAUAUGCACACUGAGUGACCGAUCUCAUGAAAUGUUGACCGAAAUUCUGGAAUGCGCUUUCGAAUGGGAAGGAUUACUUAGGUGGGGUUGUGACAUUCAUUAUCUCGCGGCAUAAUCCUGUAAUAUUUCGGACUCGCCAGGAUGUCGGCUUUUGAAUGCACUUCUUUUCGACCUGCGGUAACCGCACUUGGUAAGAAGUAGCUACUUAAGUGGCAUUCAUUUUUCACAUUCAUUUUCGAAGGUUUUCUAAAUUCAAAUAUAUUUUAUUGAGAACACGCAAAAAUAUGCACUCUUUUACUCGUUGGGUUGAAACUCUUGUUUUUACAUUUCAUACCCGAAGAAAGGACGUAAUUUAUGAGUUUUUUUUAAGACCGUGCAAUGUCCAUUCAUACAGCAUUGUACCUGUGCAUUUACCAAUGCUCCUCAUGAAAUGUACAACAUAGUCCGCAUUCAUUGCAAAAUUUUAUGAACUCUAUACAAUAUCUUCCCAUAGGUAUAGAGGAAUAUGUGAUUUUCCUUACACGGAAAGCAUGCACCGUGUAGACUGAAAUUGCUAAACGCUAAUGCAGCGGCUGAUCUGCCACAAAAUUACUUGGGGAUCGGAAAACUUUGUCAAAACCCAAGCAUACCUCUUUUUCGGGCAUAAAAUGUGAAAACAACGUGAUUUCUACCAAGCAAGUGAAAGAAAGCAUAUUGUACGCAUGUUUUCUACAAAACAUAUCGGAAUUUAUAAGACCACUAAAAACUAAUGUGAAAAAUGCAUGCUGCUUAAGUAGCCAGGAGGUCGAUAAGAAGUGCACUCAAAAUCCGACAUCCUGGCAAGUCCAAAAUAUUGUAUAUUUAUGCCGCAAGAUAAUCAGUGUUAAAACCCCACCUAAGUAAUCCUUCCCGGUCGAAAGCGCAUUUCAGAAUUCGGCCGACAUUUUGUGAGAUCGGUUUUAGUGUGCAGAAUGCAUAAAGUUAGUGACGAAACACAAAUACAUUUUACUUGUCCUAUCCUUGCCUCGAUUGGCGACGUUGGGGGAGUGCCAUCGAUGCCACUACUCUUAAUUGCAUUCGUGAACCCCAAAGUAGGCUGCGCCAGACCAAAAACGGGAGUCAAACUGACUCGCAGUGCGCGUUUAAAGGGCAGCGCAGGGUUCGCGCAAGCCAGAGGCUACUACAGUGCAUGAGGUGGGGGAGGAUUUGGCACGCCUUAGGCGCUGGCCCUCACACCGCGUCAGCUGAUUGGCAGACGCGGACAGUGAGGUGGACACUUGGGAAUUCAUCCCCAACCAGCGCAUUUCCCUCAACAACAAAUCUGACAUGCCGGGAUCUAUCAGGACGUCCUAAGGGCCGUAGGUUGGCAACUGACGGGCUAGUUGGGUUUAUCUCAGGACUCGCGGUCAGGCUUUAUGUGACCUCAAUGAAAUCCGAUCAUGUAAGUUGCCCCUACAGAACCCCCCCCCUUCCCCCAUCGUCGGAUCCCGUGUGGCACGCGUAAACGGACUGUUGGACUUCGUCAGCCGCUGCGCCCACGUCCAUCUCCGGCCGUUUUCGCACUGUCUUCUCAUCGGAGAGAGAGAGAGGGGAGAGUGCGGUUGAUGCUGCGCAAGUCUAUUACCACUAUAAAGUGAUUCACGCGACGGUCACUGCUUUUGCGUCCACUCCUUGGGGCACUUGGUGGAAAUCGUCGUUCGUGACGGUCGAACUGUCGGGCAAAUUUCUGACUCCUGUCAAUAUUUUUUGGGCUUUUGGAAAAAUAUCCCCAUUUUCGAAUGCAUGCAUUUGGCAUAUUUUUUCGCAACAAUCGCCGAUAAACCUGAGCCAGCCAUGGAAGACCUGGAAUUUGAAGUUAAGUCCAUUUGUUCAUUGUACUCCAGAGGAUUGAGUCUAUCAGUCCAGAUCACAGGCGUUCGCACUGCGACGGACAGUCCGGGAUCGAUCGACUUUCCAACAAGAGUGACGAGGACCGACUUUGUCGUUUCCGAUUUGGCGACCGUUGUCGGCCGGCCGCGGCUCAAUCCUUGCCCCCAGCAAGCUCGCUCGCUAGGUCGGAGGCGCUAGCGCAAAUUAUCUCUGCAAAGCCCAUCUUGAACAUAAGCUUAGCUUGGACAAAUGCCCUUAGUAGCCCUGACCCUAAUUAACGUACUGCUUUUUAGAGGCAGCUGAAAUUUUCAUGGUAGUAGGCUUAUUUAUAACCUCCUCCCACUUGGUACUUGGGUCAACAAUUAUUAUGCACAAUUUCGGAUGUUGACUGCUUGACUGGCAUUAGGCAGCACGAGGAAGAGCUUACAAAAUGGAAUGAAGGCGUAAUUCAUGGGACCAGCUCCCAUUUUUACGAGUUUACAGUCUUUACAGGCAGAGGAAGUCAUUUGGAUAUCAUUGUACGCCAGUUUUAGAGGAAAUGUGACAAAACCCACGCAGUGCCUUCUUCAACUGUGGCGGCCAUACUCCGUAGUGACUUCUGUCUAUGAACUGCCAGGCAGACAGGACUCAUGUCGAGCAAAAUUGCGAAAACCGCCAGAUACAGUCAUUUGACGAACCGAAAAAAAACUUAAAAUGGAUUAAAUUUUCAACGGGAGCCUAGGUCCAGAUUCUAGACUGUCUUUAUCGUGGAUUGUUUGUUAUUUAGGGCGUAAGGUGAACCGUGGCCCCCUUUUAGAGGCCUGGGAUGGCGUUACGAGGUUAGGAAUUUGCACCGUAAUAGGUGACUAAUUCCGUGUACUCCCAUUCUGUCUUGUCUUCGUCGACUGAUCAAGAUUAUCCUUUGACUUGAAGUCAUACUAUGCAAAGUAAACUGCUUGAGGUACUGGUCUCAGCGCUCGGACCGGCUGUUUAGGGCGUAGCUUAUAGUAUUUGGGGGUAGAAAGACGUCACAUGGUCCAUUUCUGAUGCGUACGACCGCUGGGCCGCCAUGGUAACUCGGAAGGACAAGGCAGGCAUGAUGCAACGUCUGCAACUUGUUCGGAGGCUUCUCAAUACGCUUCUUCUUGUCUGUGUAGACUCAUUGCCCCCAGCGUCCCCAGAUUAGAGAACUGAUAUGCCGUCGGUCACCGCGUUGUACGCUUCCGUGAAUGUCAAGCAAUUUCCCCAACCUUCCCUCCCUCCUCCCCUGACACUCGCCUUCUUUAUCUGCAAACGCACGUUUUGGACUAUUCAUCGCUAGGCCUGUAAAGUGACGUAUCUCACGAUAAAACAGCAAAAGGUAAAAAAAACCAAUAGAUAAGGGCGGUGGUAAAAGAGCUCAGGAUGCCUAGGCAUGCCAUUUGAAGGCGGAGAGACUAAGGUCUACCUUGUGCAGAAAAUGUGUCCACGCAAUUUUAUCAAGCAAAGUUUUUAUACAUUUGAACGAUGCAUUCGGGCAGUUUCCUGUGCUAGUCUUCACUUGUGUAUUUGAACGUGCAUGUCCUUGAGAGGAGAGUACUUUGCCUUCGAGAGUUUUACUAAACAGAGCUUACCACACUUGGAGAUUAAUUUAUUGCCUUAUGCUAACCGCGGGAAUCAAUUUAUGUGCUGUAGUAACGGACACAGGCAGUCCUUCGUUUAAAUGGGCUAAAACUGUUUUACCUUCGAUGUGGCGGUUAUAUUGGUCAUUAAAUCCUGGUGAAUAAUAGUCAACUGUCUCGGAAAAGGAGAAUAGAGUGUGUCUUCCAUUUCCUGACGUUCUACUUAGCAGAAUGCCGGUUAGAAGAAUUAGCUGAUGUGUAGUCAGCAAGAAAACAUGAACCGGACAGCUCACAAAUUUCUAAUUAGAAACGAUGCCAAGUCUCUUGCCUAGCCGAAUGCGUAAGGGGCAUAUCAGUCAAACCACUUUCUCUCCAGCGUAUCCAUAGGGCAUAUGCUCCGUCUGCUAAGUAAAACGUCAGGAAAUGGAAGGCACACUCCAUUCCCUUUUUCUAAAAUUGGUGAAUUUAAUUCACCCAAAUUAAGUUGCGACUUUUACCGCCAUAUUGACGGCACAUCGAUGGGGUCACUGUACGAACUUUUCCAUGAACAGCUGUCUUAAUGGGGAAACUAAAGGUGAAUCAACUCUAUCCGGUUCUAGUGGAUACUUUCGUAUACGUAAACGCGGAGGUUGAUUUGGACAUUCUAUUCACUCGUUCCUCACUUUAGAAAAAGGAAGGCAAAGUGCCUUUCAUUUAACCUUUUAUUUAGUAGAAUGUCUGGUGGGAAAAAUUAGUAGGCGCCAGAAAACGUGGAUAGGAAAGUACACACAUUUCUGCAGUUUUGUUCUUCUAGUUCAGAAAUGGAGCUUAGUUUGCCAGCAAAAACAAGGCCCGCCUGGUUGACAGAGGCCACUGUGCGGAUGUCAACCAACCACUUUGCGUCAUCUGCAGAGUACCGGCGAGGCAAUUCAAAUUUAAACAGGCAUGUACAGCAGAAUAUAUUGGGGCCAUUAAACUUCGUGACGGUUUAUCAACUGCAGUCCGUCUCUGCAUAACGUAGGUAACGAAUGGAAGCGCACGUCAGUAUGAAUUUUUUCAGAAUUUCAGAGCAUAAGAUCAAGGUCGAGGUUCAAGGCAAUGAAUAAUCUGAUGAAAGACGUUCCCAUAAGCAUCAUAUAGGAAAGAGGGAGGCGGAAUGUUAACAACAAAUCACAGUCACAAGCAAGUUGAGGCGUGAAGGUUAACAGGGAAAUUGCAAAUUAAUCACGUGGUCUAACUGCUUGUACAGGUCUGGUUUCUCCCCCGCACGCAAGCUGCUUCAAAGUAACGCAAGGUUGGAGUUGUAUGCGCUCGGACAAGUACUCGAAAAGAUGUUUUAGGUUCGACAAAAUGACCACUGUGUAACAGAUUUUUCGUUAUAGACAAAUGGAGGGUUUUGUUUUCCUGUUUGAAAAGCCAGUUAGGCAAAUGCUCAGCGGCCCUGGUUGCCAGUUGCGUUUGCGUUCGCCCAAUGUACUUGCAUCCGCAAGUUCAUGUGAAUUCGUACACGCAGUUUGGAUUGGAGUGCAUUGGCAAGGCAUCCUUUGCCCGGUUAAUUGGAAGGCUUUUAGUGGAACUGAUGAAGACAAGUUCUGCUGCGUUGUACGUUCUUUCUAUGGUACAACACAAGCGUCGCUUACUUGUGCUUAAACUUUGUCGUCCCUAAAAGUUAGACAUAUUGUACCGGAUUUCUUCGGAGCGGACUGUUCCGUCAAAUUCAAAUUCCCCUGCCAGCGUAUACUUGCGACGACAGAGGUGGUGACCAUACGAUCAGCCAGCCAAGCCUCCUGCUCUCAGAAGACGUCCUUUUAAGCUCUGCAGCUACCCUGGCCCAGGCAGUGUGCCUCCUAUUCCCGUUCGCAUCCCACCACUUUGCGUGACAACGACGAAACGCGAACACAACCCACCGGCACUCUCCCCCUGUCGCCUGACAGGGCUAGACCAUAGUCCCUCCGCCCUUAAAUAGCAUGUAUAGGCAUCCUAGGCUCUCUUUCCAUCGCCCUUGGUUGCUGUUUGUUUUCGCUUUUCGCUGUUUUUUCGUGACGUACAGAACUGUUGAUGACUGAUUAAAAAGGCAUGUUUUCCAUCUUUUAUUUUUUUGACUCAUGGCUUUCGUUGCUACGAUUGACACGGAUCCGAACAAAAAACUCGCGUUUCUUCACCUGCUGUCAUAACUAGCGAUCUAUUAUAAGUAGUUGAAUUGCCCAGUCGCUGCCGAGCCAUAUUUGCAUGCUCCGCGGCUGCUUAUUCGUCAGACCCGAGAAUCUGAUUAUUUUACAGCUGUCUUCUCUAAAGGCCCUUCCAUUACUGGCAACUUGUCAACAUACACCGAAUUGCCCCCAUCUAGGCCAACAAACUGCUCCCCUUUCCGGGGUUCCCACCAUCUCAAGGAAGUCUGCUUUUUUGUGGAGGGCUUUAUGUCUCCCAAUGAUCAGAAUUAGAAAGAUCUUAUGCGCAUGUAAUCUCACCUGGACAGCCAGUCCAGGUCAUCAGUCUCUUGCGGUAAGGAUAGGAACUGGAGUUCCAAAUAGGAGACGUGAGAUAAAGAGUUACUGAUGUUAGCUGAUAACUGUAACCUAGCCCCUACAACGGGCCACGCAGAUGAUGUGCCGAACUAACUCGAGGGUCAAAUUAGGGCAUGGUACGCGUUAUUUAGGUUGCGCAUUCAUAACACAUGCUGCACAUGAGAGGACGUGAUGACACGCCUAGGCGCAGGCACGUUAAUUACACCCGAUAGUCCGACCGUUGUUGCCAACGAUGCCCACUGUGUGCUCCACAGCAAGGUGGGGCAGGCACGGUGACUUGCGCGUGAUUUAGUUUACAGUGGAUUUAGACUUGCGCUGCAUCUACUGCACUCAAUCUUCCUCCAUCACCUGGACCCGGUGUCAUGACAUAGUCAAGAAGACCGCGGACGGGCGAGGGCGCAGAUGGAUGGCACGGCCAAGCCCGCACCUUGGCGUCUCACUCCACACCCCCUGGUCCACACAAAAAACAACCAGGUUUUUGACCAACAGCAACAAAUAGAGUGGAGGCUGGCCGAAGUCGCAUCUAGGCGUGACGCCCACGCCCGGCUCGGAUCCCACACAGUGGGAGUGCCAUAAAGGCCAUAAAGGGAGCUGUUGCAGCCUGACUCUUAGACCACCAGUUGGCCGUUCCACAUUAGCAAAAAUUGGGCCUACUGCGAGCUCCAAGUUAUCCCGUUCAGUUGGCAACCUUCCAAGCCACGGUUCAAGCGCGUCAGAUUGUAUAUAGUGAGGAAAAUGCGCUGAGUCGUCGACCUCACUCCCCCUUCCCAUUCCAAACCUCCGGUCACCGCCUGAGCCGGUCGCAUCAGAUGACUGACCUACUUGGACAUUGUACUGGUUUUUCUGGGAAGAGUGGAGAGUGCGGUUAACUCUGAGGACCCCUUUCCCACGACACCCAGUGCAUAUUCCUCACCAUAAACAAUCUGAUUCACAUUUUAACCGGUACGCUGGGCUAGCAGUCGUGGCUUGCAAGGCUGUCAACUGACAAGCUAAUUCGCUCAUCUCAGGACGGAGACUGGGGUCCGCAGCGAUGCGUUCUUAAUGCAGUCUCUAUGACACUCGCAGUUUGUUGGAAUCCGGUCUGCCAACUGUCAAAAUCCGGUCCUCUCUGCACGGGUAAACGGACUGUUUACCUUUGUCAGUCUUCCUGACUUCUCUUUCACCACUUUUGAUAUGAUGUGGCUCACAGUGCGAUGAGGCCUUCCCGCCAAUACUUUUCUUCUAAAAAUGCCGACUACCUAGUUAGUCCUUCGCGGCGGCCGAAUCCUGUUCUCAAAUAAUGCAUGUACUUAUGUGACUUGAAUUCGCCGCGAUUGACUCUCUUUCUCAUCAGUUUAUAACACCGCCCUCCGCCGCUAACAGCAAACGUGCCUACUUGCGUUGGCUGUGCUCGUUCGCUCCUUUUAAAGAUAUUAAACCCUUUCUUUUGUCUGGACACUCCCGUUAUGCACGUGGUCAAUUAUCCCACCACUCGAGGUAGUCAUUAUUUUCUCACCCUUAGCGUUUGCCCGCCUGUAUUUAUUUGUUUUUUUCGUCUUCGCACGUCCCCCCGCUCCAGGCCAACCACCGUCUAGUCCGGAUCAGUGUCAAACUCUCUACUAUGAGCCACGCGCCCCUCCCCCCACUUCCUCGAAACAAUCUAUUGCCAACAACAACUCUGCACUGA